AACCCUGUGAGGUGUAUCCAGUAUCUUCCCGAACUCACACUGGAAGAAAGUGAGGCACAGAGAGGUUGGGUAACCUGCCCAAGUCAUGACGCUUUGAGAGGCCAGAUUCUUGACAGGCCAUUGGCUCCAGUGUCCUCACCGUCCCUCAGGGGAUGUUCCUGAAAAGCCUGGCAUCAGGUCCUGAGUGUGGUGGUUCCCUCCCUGGGACACUGGAGCCCCUCCAGCACUUGGUGGGGAGAAGGCAGUCAGAGCUUUCCCGUGGCACCCAAAGAGGAGGCGAAGAGUCUGGGGUUAGAAGAGCUGGGGGCUGAGUAAAUCCUGAAAGGACUCAUGUGGCUAGCCUGGGUCCAAGGACGGGACAGGCGCUUCGGUGGCCCAGGAGAGGGAGGCUUUAGUCCCUUCAUCCCAUGAGCCUGAGGUCACCAACCAAAGUCUGCUUUCUCAGGCUGGGCUCAUUUGGCUGUGGCUCCUCCCAUCCCCCAACAAGAAAUCUUCCGUGCUCCUACUUCCACCCAAAGCCUGAGAUGGUACCUGCCCUGGUCCCCAUAUGCUCCUUAAAGGGGUAGGGAUUGGGGCAGGUGGCUCGCCCCUCACCUCUGAACCUUACUGGGUCUGGAUUUCUCCUUUCCUCCACAGAAACUCCCUUACCCCCGUAUUCCCACCUGAGAGGGGAGUAAUGGAAACGUGCCAAGAAGCUGUCCUCGAGGUCUCCAGCGUCUGAGUCCCUGAACCCUGCUCCGGGUGUGUGUUUGGGGGCUGUGUGUGUGGGAGUGUCCCCAGCUUCCCCUGGGAGCCUAUCCACUCACCCUGUCAGUCCGGAUUCCAUGUUGGUCCCUCUGCCUGGUCCAUGGCAGCCAUUUCCUUUUCUGGUGCAAAGCCCUCUGUCUGCACCACCUUGGGUCUGUGCUGUCCUUGGUCAUUUUUCCUCUCACAAGGCUAACCAUCCUCAUGGAGUUCUACACACCUGACUGUCCCCUGUCCCAGCACUCCUGGGCUGGGGCCUGACCCUGCUCCUUACACACCAGCCACUUGGGCCUCCCUCACCACUUUCUCAGGGGGCCGUGUCUGGGCACAGGCUCACUGACCCCUAGCCUCUUCUGGGCUGCUGGAAAGAUUGGGGACGGUCUCCUAGAGAGCCCCUCACAUCUGUCCCUCUUCCCAGGUCCAGAGAGCCACAAUUACAGUCACUGCAGCUCCUGUCACAUCGCAGCCACACGGCUGCCAAUGACAGCACAGAGGCUGGCACCCCUCCCCCACAGGCCCCCACAGACAGGUCCACGUGCGUCCCCAGAUGCCUGAAUCACUGCUGACGGUUUGGGACCUGGAGGCCGUGGGCUCCUGGGGAGCCACUGGGGAGGGGGGUGGCGGCCACGUCGUCUCCCAGGAACACCUGCGGACAUAAAUAGGCAGCGAGCGAAGGCAGCCCAGCACAGUCCGCACAGCGGCCCCACACACUGUGCCCACCUGCUCCAGGAUGCCGGACACCAUGCUACCCGCCUGCUUCCUGGGCCUGCUGGCCUUCACCUCCGCCUGCUACUUCCAGAACUGCCCGAGGGGUGGCAAGAGGGCCAUGUCUGACCUGGAGCUGAGACAGUGCCUCCCCUGUGGCCCCGAAGGCAAAGGGCGCUGCUUCGGGCCCAGCAUCUGCUGCGGCGACGAGCUGGGCUGCUUCGUGGGCACGGCCGAGGCGCUGCGCUGCCAGGAGGAGAACUACCUGCCGUCGCCCUGCCAGUCGGGCCACAAGCCGUGCGGGAGCGGGGGCCGCUGCGCCGCCGCGGGCAUCUGCUGCAACGACGAGAGCUGCGUGACCGAGCCCGAGUGCCGGGAGGGCGCUGGUUUUCACCGCCGCGCGCGCGCCAGCGACCGGAGCAACGGGACCCAGCUGGACGGGUCGACCGGCGCCCUGCUGCUGAGGCUGGUGCAGCUGGCGGGGGCGCCCGAGCCUGCGGAGCCCGCCGCACCCGGCGUCUACUGAGCCGCCCGCUCCCCCCUCCCGCCCCCGCAGUCCAGAAAAUAAACCUUUUAA